UCCUUCAAGAAAGUGGCUUCUCAGUUCCUUUUCAAAUCAUAUAUAGAAGAGAUGCUGGAAGGUAAAGCAGUGAUUGAAGACACAGAUAUGCCAUUAAAGAUGCAAGCUGGAGCACUGGCAUCAGCAUCUCGAGCUCUUGAUCUCUUUGAAGGUUUUGACUGCAUCUCUAUUGCUGCAUAUAUUAAAAAGGAAUUUGACAAGAUGUAUGGGGGUGGAUGGCAAUGCGUGGUGGGUACAAAUUUCAGUUGUUUCAUCACCCAUUUCAAAGGAACUUUCAUCUAUUUUGCUUUGGGAACUCUCAACUUUCUCAUCUUCAACCCAACCCAUUCUUUUUCUUGUUGAUGGAUCUUCAUCUUCAUCUUCAAAGGUUAUCUUUGUUUUCUUGAUGAUCAUUUAAUAGUUUGAAGUUGGCUUAGGUGUCAAUUCUCCUUUUUGCUUGUGUGAUUGAUGAGAGUUGAUGAAUUAUAAGUCAAAAUUAUGUUUGUGGGUUCUUGUGUUUAGGUAAAGUUGAAGAUUUAGUUCAGAAAAAUUAAACCACUCUCAUUUCUUUGAUUUCAAAAUGACAUUUCAAAAAUUUGUCAACUUACCAAUGAGAUUGGCAUAA